UAAAGAGCCUGGAAUUAAGACAUACAUGCAAAUUAAAUUGCUUUUUUUUAGACAUACAUAUAAGAUGAUGAACACAAUUCUUAUGAUCUUCAUGGCCACGAUGUGGCUCCUUAUCACGCUUCCUCCUCAAGGAGCCUAUGGUAUUAAAAUUAAUGAAGGCGAUGUUCUACUUACGUUGAAGAAUAACUUAACUGAUCCUAACAAAGCUCUUGAAUCCUGGGGCACAACGGGCAACCCUUGCGAUGGUAAAUGGGCGAAUAUCGCCUGUGACCACUACAAUUACGUGUUUGCAAUUGUCCUUAAUGGUCUAGGGCUCAGCGGCGAACUUGUCCCGGAACUUUCAAAGUUGAAGAGGCUGAGCACUUUGUAAGUGAUGUUUAAAAAAAACCGAUAGUAUUUUUUUUUUUUCAAUUUUGUAAUUACUAUAUAUAUAGAUAUAUAUUUUCUUUUAAGAUAAUAUGUUCCAGCUGUUAUCUUACAAUUUUGACGUGGAUUUGCAAGGAAAGUUACCUACAGAAUAAUCUGCUGACUGGCACCGUACCUUUUCGCGCAUUUAAAUAUCUCAUUCAUCACAAUCAUGCUACAAUGAAUUUUAGCAACAACCCAGGAUUGUGCAUCCCAAGUAAGCAUCACCAGUGCCCAAAUGAGAAUUAAGUAGCUCAACACUUCUGCUCCACAAGCAAAGUUCGGAAGACAUCACACACACACACAUAUAUAUAUAGACAAAAUUCAAUGAAUUUGAUUUACAAAGAGUAUGAAGCAAUCUGUACGGUUGGAGUUCUUUGCCACUUAUGUACUGGAGCAACUUUGGUAGCUGUAAUAAAAUUGUAAACAUUGUAAUCAGAUAAAAGUAUUUUUGCCCGUGGGCUGGCAAAACUGGCCGACUAUCCCGUAACAGAUCAUUUGUAGCGAUACAUUUCGGUAUUCGAAGAUAUUUCCUUCUUCUCUUAAAUUAAUGCAUUUUCAAAAGAAAAUCACCAUUCACAAGUCCGUUUAUGAUAAUCAUGGAUGCUCGGGUGUUCAUUUUGAGAUAUAUUUG